CACGCCUCGCAGUAUGUAACCGAGAGGCAGCUAAGCGGGAGACCCUUUCAACACCUCGCACAUUCAGCGCUGAACGAAGCGUGUUUCAUUUAGAGACACUCGCGCCUUUAAGAAGCGAUGCUUCGUUCGUGGAGCCUGGCUAUCCUACUCGUGGUGCUGCUGGUCGUGUGCUCGGUUGUGAGGGCAGCACCACCGCCUAAGGGGGGCUCGUCCAGGCCUUCGGGAGGCUCGUCCAAGCCGGCUCCGACGGUACAAGAGACCGGUGGCUUAUUUGACGCCAUCAAGACUGCCAGCGGACAGGUUCAAUACGCGUCGGACAGGUUUCCCGUCAGCUACAACACGGCCGCCACGCGGUUCCAGAGCUGGGCCCAGGAGAACAAGGACAGCAUCGCCAAGUCGGCCGUGGACGCCUUCAACUUCGCGCGCACCGUCUUCAAGCCUCUCGAGGCCGAGAUAGCGAGAAACGCUCCAAAGGCUUCCGCUCCGAAAGGUGGAGCUUCCAAGGCUUGAAGCCACGCGUGCGGUGCUUACCCAGUCACCAUCGCUCGCCUUUCGGUCGAGAAAGAGCUUGGGUAGCGGAAGCAGACUGAAUGUGAAUAUCGUUCACGGCAAUGGGAGUCCCGGAAGUGCUCGCGUAUACACGUUGUCAUGCGCGCUGCAAUAAGUCGCUAUGGCACCGAAGGGUUGCUGGUAACUGUAGUACGUGGGUCGACUUGCAGCGUUCUUUGAUUGGCUUGACUAACAUCACGGAGACGUGCGACAUGCGUACUGAGUCGGGGGUCAGGGAUGAAAUACUUUGUGCUGUAAAUAGAGCGUUGCUUAUGUACUGAGCUUUGUGUAAAGCUCGGCUCCCGUGCAGGCUGUCUAUGGGUCACGAAACUAGUUGUCGGCACCUUAUGAGCAAGAAUUUGGCUUUUUAUUCAAGAAUUUCAACAACGUAGAGAAUUCUUUGUACUCACAGUAAUGGUAAAAAAAAACACAAUUCUGGUGUUUCAAGCAGUGUUAACAGAGUCUGGGCAUUUUGUUUAAUGUACGAUUUGAAGAACGUCUACGAUUUUGCACACGAGAGGCUGUUUUUAAUUAUCUCGUGUGUUUAAAUAUAUCAGUCUUUCAGUAUUUGUGAUAUGUAUGUUCGAACAUAAUAAAAAUGUUUUAGAGCUGAGCA